AGAUGUACUGUAAUUAUUUUCUGUAUAAAAAUUAAUUUGGUGUUCAAAAAGUCUUUUUUUCAAACUUGUCUUGUAAAAGAGGGGGUAGUCUUAUAAUCAGGGCUGUCUUAUAUUCGGACCAAUGCGGUAAUUGAAUGUGCUACAAAGUAAUAUCUGAUGUUAAACUGAUACUUUGUUUUUAGAAAAUAAUCAUAAACUUGGAUUUUUGCGGCUGCAAUGCGUUCCAAAACACGUUUUGGAAACUUCGGACGGACACUAAUUGUUGAAGCUUUAUAGGUGGAAUUCUUUCCCAUGAUGUACAGCUUUAGCCUUUCAAUAGUCCGGAGUCUUUGUUGUGGUAUUUUAUGCUUCAUAAUGUUCCACACAUUUUCAAUGGCAGACAGGUCCUAUUCAAUUGUUAUACGGAAAAAAAUAGCCCGAUAGCGUCAAAAUCUACCCCAAAAUUUGCGGAAAGUGACUCAAAAUUAACUCCUUGCAUGCCAUGGACAACAAUAAACAUCCAAUUUGAGCUUGUAUGGCUGGCAUUGAGGGAUCAAUAUUUGACUGCCAAUGAGUUAACGAAGAAGUGACCUGACAAUACCACGAAAUUAAUUAGUAGUGACUGAAAAAGUGACCCAAGGGAGAGACGACAAAGCAUUCUCUAGCAAUUUCUCCAGAUAUUGCAUCCUCUUGUACAGUAUAUACCUGUACAGUUUUUUGUGGGCGAGAUGCUUACUGGAGCAUCCACAGCGACUAGAUCACCCCACCCUCCCCCCACUGCGUGGCCAGCCACGCACAGGCAGCAGUAGCGCGCGAGCCGAGGCGGCCGCGGAGAAUGACGGAGGUCCGGGGGAGGAGCGGGGCGGCCCUCCCCGCGCCUCGGCGAGGCUCACUGGCCCACUGACCGGCGCAGCUCGCGUUUCUGGAGCGCGCACGCCACCGGCCGCUGAGCUGGGCCGGGCUGGGGACCAUGGACUGUAUUUGUAUCGUCACCACCAAGAAGUACCGGCAUCACGAUGAGGACUCGUCCCCACAGGAAGACCGGAGCUCUCCACACCUGAUGGAGGAGGCGGGAGGUCCGGAGCUGGUCCAGGUGGCCGAGAAGAACCUGUCCCAGAUUGAGAAUGUCCACGGAUACGUCACCCACGCGCACAUCUCACCUAUGAAGGUGGCGUCGUUGGAGUGCGUGUUUGACGGGUCGCCGUCGUCGGGACCGGAACAGCCGGAGCUCCCUUCCUCCCCUGCACUCUCCUCCCUCUACCCUCACGGUGAUGACAGCCCCCUCCCGUCCUGCUCCUCCAACCCCUACCCCCCCAUCCAGGCCAACCCCCCUCCUGUGUUGGUCAACGCAGACAGCCUGGAUACGCCCCCUUAUGUGAAUGGAACUGAGGCGGAUUACGAAUACGAGGAGAUCACGUUGGAGAGGGGUAAUUCGGGUCUGGGCUUCAGCAUUGCUGGUGGUGUGGACAACCCCCACGUGGGCGAUGACCCUGGCAUUUUCAUCACCAAAGUCAUCGCAGGGGGUGCCGCCGCCCAGGACGGACGCCUCAGGGUGAACGACGUAAUCCUGCGCGUAAACGAGGUGGACGUGCGUGACGUGACGCACAGCCGCGCCGUGGAAGCGCUAAAGGAGGCGGGAUCUCUGGUGCGACUCUACGUGCGGCGUCGCAAGCCCGCAGGCGACAGAGUGGUGGAUGUCAAACUGGUCAAAGGACCCAAAGGUCUGGGCUUCAGCAUCGCCGGCGGUGUGGGCAACCAGCACAUCCCAGGCGACGAUGGAAUCUACGUCACUAAGAUCAUCGAGGGAGGCGCCGCCCACCGAGAUGCGCGGCUGAGAAUCGGCGACAAGCUUCUGGCGGUGAAUGGCUGCUGCCUUGAGGACGUGAGUCACGAACACGCUGUGACGGCUCUCAAGAACACACCCGACGUGGUCUACCUGAAAGUAGCCAAACCGAGCAACGUCUUCAUCGACGCCGCCAACCACACGUUCCCUCAGCACCCAGAGAAUCAUAUCGGCGCUCCCAACUUCCUGCCCGAGCCACUCCCCCAGCCGGCCUCGUCGGGACGCUUCUCACCAACGCCCAAGGGCGUGCCAGGAGAAGACGAUAUUGCAUGCAGGGAGCCACGGAAGGUGGUCCUGCACCGCGGCACCACAGGUCUAGGCUUCAACAUCGUCGGGGGUGAGGACGGCGAAGGCAUCUUCAUUUCCUUCAUCCUGGCUGGAGGACCCGCCGACCUCUGCGGCGAGCUGCGCAAGGGAGACCGACUGGUUUGCGUAAACGGCGUGGACCUCCGCAGCGCUACGCAUGAGCAGGCCGCUGCCGCACUCAAGAAUGCAGGCCAGACGGUCACCAUCGUGGCGCACUACAGGCCUGAAGAGUACAGCCGCUUUGAAGCUAAGAUCCAUGAUCUGAGGGAGCAAAUGAUGAACAGCAGCAUCAGCUCUGGCUCCGGUUCUCUGAGGACCAGCCAGAAGAGGUCGCUGUACGUCAGGGCCUUGUUUGAUUACGACAAAACUCGGGACUCAGGCCUCCCCAGUCAGGGACUGGACUUUAAAUUUGGGGACAUCCUGCACGUGGUCAACGCCUCCGAUGACGAGUGGUGGCAGGCCAGACACAUGACGCCCGCCGGAGACGUCAGAGAUGUCGGGGUCAUCCCCAGCAAGCGGAGGGUGGAGAAAAAAGAGCGAGCCAGGUUAAAGACGGUCAAGUUCAAUCCCAAGUCUCGAGAGCGAGGGUCGUGGGGCGACAAGCGUAGAAAGGGCGUGUUCGCCAGGUCCUUCCUGUUCGGGAAAGGUCGCGAGAUCAGCGAGCAGGAGAGCAGCGACGCCGAGCAACAUGUGACGUCCAACGCCAGCGAUAGUGAAAGCAGUUACCCAGGCGGCCAGGAGGAGUCUGUCCUGUCGUACGAAGCUGUCACGCGACAGGAAGUUACCUACACACGACCGGUCAUCAUCCUGGGCCCAAUGAAGGACCGCAUCAAUGACGACCUUAUCUCGGAAUUCCCCGACAAAUUUGGAUCGUGUGUCCCGCACACGACACGGCCGAAACGCGACUACGAGGUGGACGCUCGAGAUUAUCACUUUGUGGCGUCCAGGGAGCAGAUGGAGAAGGACAUCCAGGAGCACAAGUUCAUUGAAGCCGGGCAAUACAACAACCACCUCUACGGCACCAGUGUCCAGUCUGUGCGAGAGGUCGCCGAGAAGGGGAAACACUGCAUCCUGGACGUGUCAGGCAACGCCAUCAAGCGCCUGCAGGCCGCGCAGCUUCACCCCAUCGCCAUCUUCAUCAAACCCAAGUCUGUGGAGAACAUCAUGGAGAUGAACAAACGUCUGACGGACGAGCAAAGCCGCAAGACAUUGGAGCGAGCGGCCAAGUUGGAGCACGAGUUCACUGAACAUUUCACAGCCAUCGUGCAGGGGGACACCCUGGAGGAAAUCUACGAGCAGAGCAAGCAGAUCAUCGAGGAUCAUUCCGGCUCUUUCAUCUGGGUACAGUCCAAGGAGAAGCUAUGAACCGACGCAUUUCCAGAAAGCACGCAAGUUUCCAGGUGGGGGAGGGUGCUGGGUAGGGGAGAUCGAGCGUCCGCUCACAUUAACCCUUUAAACGAGCCGACGCCAGGGGGAGGCGUCAACUUAACGACUUUUAUUAACGAGCUAGCCGAGAAGUGGAAUGCGCUCGGCCGCCUAUUUUCUUAUACGCAAAAACUACAAAGUCUAUAUUGAUGGCCGUUAUCACCAGAAAAGAUUUCAAUAUGAUCACUUCCUGUCUUAUUUUUCUUUUUUAACCAAAUAAAAGCUCAAACAGGAAGCUCAUGUUUCUUUAGUGUCACUUUUUAUUACAGAUGGCACACGAAGAGGAGAAAAAGCUCAUUCACUGUUAUUGACAAUGAUAGACAGCCAAUCCAUUUAUAGUGGGAGGGUGGCAGCUAAGGAACUCAUUCAUGUACAUGUUGACAUGUAAUUGUGAUUAAAUCAUUGGUGGGAGGGCGCAUCUUGGCCAAAAGAAGAAAAAAAACAUUUCAAACUAUUGGCUGCCCUGGACAGUCCGGGACAUCUAAUCCUAUUGAAGUGAGAGAGUUGAUCUUGUGACAGUAGACUUCUCUGGUGGGCUCUAUUGUAGCAGAUGUAAGGUGAGUGAUUUACUCCACUAAAAUACUCUGAACUCAGUACACAUUACACACAUUAAAAUCAUUUAUUAAUAAGUUCCUAUAAUAUACAUAUCUAUAAAUUUAAAAUUAUUUCAAAUUUUCUAUAUUUUUAAAUUUUUGUUGUUGUUGUAUAUUUCAAUUUAAUUUUACAUUUAUUUUUGUUUCCGUGCACUUACU